CAGAGACAGAGAAACUCUCACACAGUCAAGAGGAGAAAUGGAGGCAAAACGAGUAAAGUUGGACCGGGAAACCUUCUCUUGUUCCAUCUGUCUGGAUCUACUGAAGGAUCCGGUAACUAUUCCCUGUGGACACAGCUACUGUAUGAACUGUGUUAAAUCACACUGGGAUGGAGAGGCCGAGAAGGAGAUCUACAGCUGUCCUCAGUGCAGGAAGACCUUCACACCGAGGCCUGUCCUGGUGAAAAACACCAUGUUAGCAGAUUUAGUGGAGGAGCUAAAGAAGAGCGGACUCCCCGCUGCUCCUGCUGAUCACUGCUAUGCUGGACCUGAUGAUGUGGCCUGUGAUGUCUGCAGCGGGAGAAAACUGAAAGCCACCAAGUCCUGUCUCAUCUGUCUGGUGUCUUACUGUGAUGAACACCUCCAGCCUCAUUAUGAAUCCUCUGCCUUUAAAAAACACAAGCUGGUGGAGCCCUCCAAGAAGCUGCAGGAGAACAUCUGCUCUCAGCAUGAUGAGGUGAUGAAGAUGUUCUGCCGGACUGAUCAGCAGUCUAUCUGUUAUCUCUGCUCUGUGGAUCAACAUAAAGACCACGAUACGGUGUCAGCUGCAGCAGAAAGGACUGAGAGGCAGAAAGAGCUGGAGGUGAGUCGACUAAACAUCCAGCAGAGAAUCCAGGAGAGACAGAAAGAUGUGAAGCUGCUUCAACAGGAGCUGGAAGCUAUCAAUCACUCUGCUGAUAAAACAGUGGAGGACAGUGAGAAGAUGUUCACUGAGCUGAUCCGUCUGAUGGAGAAAAGAAGCUCUGAGGUGAAGCAGCAGGUCAGAUCCCAGCAGGAAACUGAAGUGAGACGAGUCAAAGAGCUUCAGGAGAAGCUGCAGCAGGAGAUCACUGAGCUAAAGAGGAAAGAGGCUGAACUGAAGAAACUCUCACACACAGAUCACGCCCAGUUUCUACAAAACUUCCCCUCAGUGUCACAACUCAGUGGAUCCACAUCCAGCAUCAAUAUUCGUCGUCUGUGCUACUUUGAGGAUGUGACAGCAGCUGUGUCAGAAGUCAGAGACAAACUACAGGACGUCCUGAGAGAGAAAUUGACCAACAUCUCACUGACAGUGAUUGAAUUUGAUUUACGUUCAAAUUCACAACCAGAGCCCAGGACCAGAGCUGAAUUCUUGAAAUACUCACGUGAACUCACACUGGAUCCAAACACAGCAAAUAAACGUAUGUUAUUAUCUGCCGGGAACAGAAAAGCAACACUGAGGCGACUAGAACAGAUUUAUCCUGAUCACCCACACAGAUUCACAGACUGGACUCAGGUCCUGAGCAGAGAGAGUCUGACUGGACGUUGUUACUGGGAGGUGGAGUGGGGACGAAAAGAACUGGAUGUAGCAGUUUCAUACAAGAACAUCAGCAGAGCAAAGAUCUCAGAGGCAAGUGGCUUUGGACUCAAUGACAAAUCUUGGGCGGUUAAAUGUAAAACACAAAACAACCUUUGGAAUUAUAGAUUUUCUCACAACAAUGUCCAAACUGCCCUCUCAGGUCCUUGGUCUUUCAGAAUAGGAGUGUACCUUGAUCAAAGUGCAGGUGUUCUGUCCUUCUACAGCGUCUCUGAAACCAUGAAACUCCUCCACAGAGUCCAGACCACAUUCACUCAGCCGCUCUGUGCUGGACUUCAGCUUCAUUAUAUUAACGACACUGCUGAGUUCUGUAAACUCAAAUAGACAGAAGCCCUUUAAGGGACAGAUGGAUGAAACCUGUGUUCUACCUCUUUCUUUACAAUGUUUAUUUACUGGUGGGAUGUGGAACAAACUGUGUCUUUAGAUAAUGAAUAAACAAACAUCAGCGCA